AUGCUCCUCGACUGGCAGACCCAAGCCGAGUCACCAACGAUACCGGCCAAUCCGGCCGUCCAUCAACCAAGAUCAGAAGUUCGCGAGCCACAAAAGCCAGGAGGAUUCCGUCCGAUUUCCAGCCCCUUCAACCCAGCUCGCUCACCACCCAACGCGCCUACUACAGCCCCCGUCCCGGCCACCCGUAUAUAUGCCCCUCAUCCCCGCCUCCCGCUCCGCAUUCCGUGUCAUCUCUCAUUCACUCGUCUUCACUGCCUUCGGAUCGGAUUGGAUUGGCAUUUGGCAACAAUGGCUAGCGCGAGGAACAACGCGGCGCCCGACUGGGAGGUGCUGCGGUCCCUGCACCGCCUCGCGCGGGACCUGUCCGCCGCCGAGGCGCCCGCGCCGUUCCUGCGGGCGGUGUUUGCUGCCGUGUCCAGGCGGGCGAGGCUUCUUGCUGCCGCGUUCGACGACCUGCUGCUGUGUGGUGUAGUGGCCGCAGGGGGGGUUCUGCCGCGGUCGGCGUCGCUGUGCCUGCGGGAGGUGCUCCUGGUUCUGCAGCGGUUCAAGGCGCUCGUGUCCGACUGCGCGGCGCGCAGCCGCAUGCGGCUGCUGCUGCAGUCGGACGAGGUGGCCGCGCGGGCGCGGGAGCUGCAGCACGACCUCGCCACGCUGCUCGACCUCCUCCCCGUUGCCGACCUCGGGCUCGCCGAUGACGUGGCGGACCUGCUCGCGCUCGCGUCGCGACAGUGCCGGCGGGCGGCGGCCGCGGAGCAGGAGCUGAAGGCGAGCGUGCUCGCGCUGAUCCAGGAGGUGGAGAGGGAGAUCGUGCCGGAGCGGGAGAGGCUGGAGGGCAUCCUCGAGGCGGUCGGCAUCAACGACCCCGCCUGCUGCAGCGACGAGGUCGAGACCUUGGAGCGGGAGAUCGGGGAUCGCGUGGCGGAGAGGUGGACGUCGUCCAUGAUUGCGCUCGUCGGGCUUCUCCGGUACGCCAAGUGCGUACUCUUCAGCGCGGCAACGCCGCGGCAGUUGGACUCCAAGGUGGAUAUUGACGACGACGGCGCUGAGCCUCCGUCGCCGCCGCCGGACUUCCGGUGCCCCAUCUCUCUCGACCUGAUGCUCGACCCGGUCGUGGCUGCUAGCGGCCAGACGUACGACCGCGAGUCCAUUACCCGCUGGUUCGGCUCCGGCAAGUCCACGUGCCCCAAGACCGGGCAAGUGCUGGCGAAUCUGGAGCUUGUGCCCAACAAGGGGCUCAAGAACUUGAUAUCUCGGUGGUGCCGGCAGAAUGGCAUCGCUGUGGACGGCUGCGAGCCAGGCAAAGCCGAGCCGGCGCCGGUGGUGGCCGCGAACAAGGCCGCGCUGGAGGCGGCGCGCAUGACCGCGUCGUUUCUUGUGAAGAAGCUGUCGGCCUCUUUCUCCCCUGAAGCGACCAAGCGCGUGGUGCACGAGAUCCGGCAGCUCGCCAAGUCCGGCUCCGACAGCCGCGCGUUCAUCGGGGAGGCCGGCGCCGCCGCGCUUCUCUUGCCGCUGCUCCGCUCCGAGGACUCCGUGCUCCAGCUCAACGCCGUCACGGCGCUGCUCAACCUCUCCAUCCUCGAGGCCAACAAGAAACGCAUCAUGCACGCCGAGGGCGCCGUAGAGGCGCUCUGCCACGUGAUGGGCUCAGGCGCGACGUGGCGCGCGAAGGAGAACGCUGCGGCCACUGUGCUCAGCCUGGCGGCUGUCCACACGUACCGCCGCCGGCUUGGCCGGAACCCGCGCGUCGUCGAAAGCGUUGUGCAGCUCGCGCGCACCGGCCCCUCGAGCACCAAGAAGGACGCGCUCGCGGCGCUGCUGUGCCUGUCCAGCGAGAGGGAGAACGUCGGGAAGCUCGUGGAAGCAGGCGCCGCGGAGGCGGCAUUGUCAGCGAUCAGCGAGGAGGAGGCCGCCGCGGCGGUACUAGAGUCGCUGGCCAAGCGCGGGGGUGCGGAGGCGAUCGUUAAUGUCGACGGCGCCGUGGCGCGUCUCGUUGCCGAGAUGCGGCGCGGCACGGAGUGGUCGAGGGAAUGCGCGGCGGCCGCGCUGGUGCUGCUGUGCCGGCGCGCGGGAGCCGCCGCGGUGACGCAGGUGAUGGCGGUCUCCGGCGUGGAGUGCGCGAUCUGGGAGCUGAUGGGCACCGGCACGGACCGCGCGCAGCGCAAGGCCGCGUCGCUCGGCAGGGCGUGCCGGCGAUGGGCAGCGGCUGCCUCCGCCGCCAGCGCGGAGCAGAGCACCGAAUGCCCCACCUCCGGCGCCGCGCCGCCAGCCAUGGUGGCCUCGUGAAAUCACAAAACCCAAUUUUUUCCCACAAUUCUUGUACAAAAUUUGUUCCUGGCCGUAAUGGCCUUCACGAUUCUUUGGUCCGUAGGACAGUAGGUAGUUGAUCAACUGUGUAUACAAGCCAUUCUUUUUUUACCAAAUGUUGUCAUACAUUUCAUUGUCUCAGGAAAUACAAAUGAAAGAAACAAAUCACUCUGUUCAGUGACUUCA